AUGUGGCGUUCGCCCCACCUCGCAACCUGGCCCGACUGCGUGUUCACCGCUCAGACCGAGGACGGCCAGCCCUCCCCGCGCUGCAUUGUGUGCGGCGGCAUCCGCGAGGCCCAGUCCGGCUGCGAUGCCAACCCCUUGUGCAAGGGCUUCUCCUACAACCACAUCGACGACUGCGGGUACCUCAAGAGCUGCAAUACCCCUCUGACGCCCUUUGAUGAGGAGGACCACUUCACCCAGGCCCCCGCCCCCACCGCUGCCCCCGUGGCCGCCACCCCCGUCGCGGCCGCUGCUGGCGCGGCAAAAGGCGGCGUCCUGCGCCCCGCGCCCGCUUCCAAGCGGGCGCCCGCGACGCCGCCCUAG